CUUUACUGCGCGUUGGAAUUCCGUCCCUAAUUACGGGACAUCCUCCCCCGUUGCCAAGGCAACGUGGUCAUAAAAGCUGUCUGAGGGUCUGGAGCAUUUGUACAAUUGGAGUGCUGGUGCAAUAAACCGUCUGAGACCCAAGGUUAUUAACUGUGUUACCAAGCAAGGCGACAGCGAUGACAAGCAGAGGACAGGAUGGCAAGAGAGCCUUUAGUGAGCUUUGCUGCAUCGACUUCAUUUUGCAGGUUUUCCCUCCUCGACUCUGCUCUUCUGUACCGAGGACUUGACGCUACAACCACUGGGCGGCGCUAUUGGGACCAAAGUCAUGGCCUUGGAUCUUCUGCUCCAAACGGAGUGCAGGUUGGUGCAUUAAGACGAGGUGUGGAAACCCUCUGAUUGCUCUGCCCGCUUCUUUCUCUGGUUGAGCUCCAUGAUGGAUUUCUGUUCUACUCCUACGUAGCCUGGAAGUGGGAGGGGACUGUCCCUUCUUCCAGCGUUUUCAUUGGUUUUACUGUCCUCUCGGCGGUGAGGGGGGUGCCUCUAAUCAUAUCCAGCAUGUUUUGCACAAGAAAUGUCAGCCAGAAAGGGCUAUCUUCUCCCUUCGCCAAAAUACACUACAAUAAUGUCAUGUUCGGACAGCCCGUCUGGAAACGCAUUUUUAGUGGACUCCCUCAUCAGCGCCCGCACCGAGAGCGGCGGGGGUCACUAUGCCGGGAGUGCGGUGUGCGUGCCGCACAGCACCGCAGCAGAAGUGCCUUACGGACUACACAACUAUGGAUACUUCCCAGGUAUGACUAAACGGAGCGAGGUCGGUCCCCAGAAUGUGGUGUCCACCUCAGGUGCAUACAUGUCCAGCAUGGAGAUGUGGAUGGACGCGCAGAGGUCAUGUCGUAUGGAUCAAGAGCACUCUGUGGGUCCCCAGGUCGCACCGUGCACUUUCCCGCAGAACAUCAAGGAAGAGAGCACCUACUGCCUGUACGAGCAGCCCAAGUGUCCCAAAGCGUCCACCGCCGAAGACCUUACAUAUUCAAGAUUGACUUCUCCUUGCACAGUCACCGAUGGCGGCGGCGGAGGUGGUGGUGGUGGUGGUGGAGUUGGGGGCGGCGGGGGGUCGGUGCCUGUGCCGGGCUUCUUCCGCUUGUCUCAGACGCACGCACAUUCUCAUAAACUUUACAGCGCCAACAACGGCCCCCAGUCGAACCCUUCCCCUUCCCAUUCUCAUUUUGGCCUGCAGCACCCCGCCGAUCACGCUCGCUUCCACUCGCCACCAACCUCCGCGUCUGUCCCAGCCACGGCGGAGAAGAAGGGGAAGGACGCGGAGGAAGCCACAGACCUGCCGCCUCAAGCUGCAUCGGGCACCGAGGAGGGGCGCGACUCCUCGGACGGGGAAGCCUCCUCUGCAGAGGAGGUGGAGGAGAAUGACAAGGAGAGAGCAGCAAAGGCCACUAAAGGAGACACAAAAAGCGAAAACACGGCCAACUGGCUGACAGCGAAAAGCGGCCGAAAGAAACGCUGCCCGUACACCAAACACCAGACGCUGGAACUGGAGAAGGAGUUCCUCUUCAACAUGUACCUGACCCGAGAGCGCCGCCUAGAGAUCAGCAAAAGCGUCCACCUGACGGACAGACAGGUCAAGAUAUGGUUCCAGAACCGCAGGAUGAAGCUUAAGAAAAUGACGCGAGAGAAUAGGAUCCGGGAGCUCACCUCCAACUAUGGAUUUUCAUGAUUACCAACGACUCGAAAGGGAACAAAAAGUCUGGAUGAAUUUAUUGACAAGCUGUCGUCCAAACUCCUCAACUCCAAGCUCAAAGUUUCACUUCCCUGAGAGAUGCAGCCUUCACACACUGCCCAUCAUCGUAUCUGACCUUCUGAAAAAAAUAAAAUAAAAUAAAAUUAAUAAAUACAUAAAAAAAACAAAAAAAAAAAAACAUCUUUGGGUGUUUUAGCUGUGACUGUUUCUCAUGUAUUUUUGUAUUGGUACAUCUGUUGUAGGAAAGGAUCAGUGCAGUUGAAUACCCUCCAGCCCCCCAACACACACACACACACGCGCACGCACACACACACACACACACACACACACACACACACACACACACACACACA